GACGUGAAAGGUAAGUGGAGAUCUACUCGCUUCCUUUUCAGGGCGGCCAUCGAGGACGAGUGAGCGGAAAUGGGCAAGUUUAUGAAACCUGGUAAAGUUGUCCUAGUCCUUGCUGGACGUUACGCAGGCCGCAAAGCUGUCAUUGUAAAGAAUAUUGAUGAUGGCACAUCAGACCGACAGUAUAGCCAUGCCUUGGUUGCUGGCAUAGACCGCUACCCUCGCAAGGUCACUGCCCCCAUGGGUAAGAAGAGGAUUGCAAAGAGGUCAAAGAUCAAGUCUUUUGUAAAGGUGUACAACUACAAUCACCUCAUGCCAACCAGAUACUCUGUUGAUAUUCCUCUUGACAAGGCUGUGGUGAACAAGGAUGUUUUCAGAGACCCUGCUCUUAAGCGUAAAGCUAGACGAGAGGCCAAAGUUAAAUUUGAAGAGAGGUACAAAACCGGUAAAAACAAGUGGUUUUUCCAGAAACUGAGGUUCUAAGCCUUACACGUUUGUCCAUGGUAAACAAUUAAAAUUCCCCAAAAAAAAAUUGUCUUGUUUUUUCCUCGCGCUUCCAAACAAUGGUUAAUAGAUUAAAUAUACUAAUUGUGUACUCUUAACAAUUAGGUUUUGGUCUUAGGGGGCAUAUUAAAUAGCCCUUUUCCAAUUUUGUUUGUCAUGGAGCUGGAUAGUCCGACUGACUACCGCUGACUUGUGCUCCGUUAACCUGGGACAACACGCUUUCCUCGGUUUCCCAGUCACUAGCCGAGACUCAGUGUAGGGUAUAACCAAAACAAAGACUACUUUAUUUUUCACACACAGGGCUGGAUAUAGUCGGCAAAACACGCA